AUGGAUGGUUUAUGGCAAACAAUACAUGGCACCAAUGCUUGCAUUGUGACCAAUAACAGCCUAAUCAUGUCCAUUGGAACUCCAGAUAUCCCUUCCUUAACUGUAUCUGGCAAAAUAAGAGUCAGUAUAACGUUUUUGCUGUUUUUUGCAUCUGCAGCUCUAAAUGGAUCUUUCUUGUUGAGGCUACAAAGAAGCCAAAAAGGGAGAAAUAAGAAAACCCUAUCAAGAAUGCACGUACUCCUGAAAAACUUAAUGCUGGCUAACUUGCUAGAGACACUUGUGGUUAUGCCUUUGGAUGGGGCUUGGAACCUGACUGUGCAAUGGCAUGCUGGGGAUGUUCUAUGUAAGGUUCUCAGUUUCCUCAAACUUUUUACCAUGUAUGCAGCUGCCUUUAUAGUGGUAGUUAUCAGCCUCGAUCGCUGUAUUGCUGUAACUAUGCCUUUAAAGAUGAAGAAAAAUUCCAGCCUUGGAAAAUCCAUGUUGUACUUGGUAUGGAUUAUUAGCAUCCUCUUUGCAGCACCACAGUUGUUUAUUUUCAGGGUGAUCUCCAUCGAGGACAGUUCCAGUGCCGGGGGAUCCUUUUCUCAGUGUGUCACACAUGGAAGUUUCCCAAAGUGGUGGCAACAAACUUUAUAUAACUUGUUCACUUUUGGCUGCCUAUUCAUAAUUCCUCUACUCCUCAUGUUGGUAUGUAACUCCAUUAUCAUCCUCACAAUGACUCAAGUGCUACACCAAGAUGGCAAAAAAUUAGAACUGAAUCGAACAAAGAAUAACAUUCCUCAAGCUCGUCUAAAGACCUUAAAGAUGACUGUGGCGUUUGCAUCUUUGUUCAUUGUUUGUUGGACUCCGUACUAUGUUCUCGGAAUUUGGUACUGGUUUGAGCCGGAGAUGAUGACGAAAGUAUCCGAUCCAAUUAACCACUUCUUCUACCUAUUUGGCCUGUUGAACCCUUGUCUAGAUCCACUGAUUUACAGCUAUUUCUCUAUGUGAUAUAUACAGAAUGUAAAAUCACAUUUGCCUUUUCUGUACAAAGAAAUCUAAAUGAGUACAAGCUCAUAUGGUCACAGGUUUCACACAGGGAAUAAUA